CUAACAUCUUCUUCACAGGGAGAGAGGUGGGGGUGGCACAUGAUACUCAAAAACUCAUCACCACUCACCAAAAAUAAUACCAUUUUUUAAAAAGACUUCAUAUCUGAAGCUCAAUAACAAAUACUCUACACAGUCAUUGAUCAUAUAUUGAGUUGCACUUCCUAGUUUCCAGUGGAGGAAUGUUUUCUGGCGUUGCUAACGGCAUUGACGAGGUGGUGACAGGAGAAAUCCAGGGAGGUAGCAAGAUUGAAUACUUGAAGAAAAGUGUGAAAAUCUUUGAGGAGAAGAUGAAAAGAUUGCCAGGUUCGACAUGGAAAACGAUCUGGAAAGUGGGUAGAGAAGAUCCGAGGAGAGUGAUUCACUCAUUCAAAGUAGGGUUGGCAUUGACAUUGGUUUCAUUGUUGUAUCUGAUUGAGCCAAUGUUUGAAGGUAUUGGACAGAAUGCUAUUUGGGCUGUCAUGACUGUGGUUGUAGUUCUUGAGUUCACUGCAGGAGCAACACUAUGCAAAGGAUUGAACAGAGGACUUGGAACACUGUUAGCAGGAUCAUUGGUAUUUCUGAUAGAGUAUAUUGCAAAAGAAUCUGGUCGAGUAUUUCGAGCUAUAUUCAUUGGAGCUGCUGUGUUUUUCAUUGGAACUGCAUCAACAUACAUGAGAUUCUUUCCUUACAUAAAGAAGAACUUUGACUAUGGAGUUGUGAUAUUUCUCUUGACAUUCAAUCUGAUCACUGUCUCAAGCUAUCGAGUCGACAAUGUGUUCAAGAUGGCUCAUGACCGCUUUUACACCAUCGCCAUUGGUUGUGGUAUUUGUCUUCUCAUGAGUCUCUUGGUGUUCCCCAAUUGGUCUGGUGAGGACCUCCAUAACUCCACUGUAAACAAGCUUGAAGGAUUAGCCAAAUCCUUUGAAGCUUGUGUUAAUGAAUACUUUAGGGAAGAGGAGAAAGAAGUAACCACAGACGAAUCAUCAGAAGAUCCUAUUUACAAGGGUUAUAAGGCAGUUUUGGACUCCAAAUCUAUUGAUGAGACUCUGGCAUUACAUGCAAGUUGGGAGCCAAGGCACUCAAGACACUGCAGGUUUCCAUGGCAGCAAUAUGUGAAAUUAGGAUGUGCUCUUCGCCAUUUUGGAUACACAGUUGUAGCUCUCCAUGGUUGUUUGCAAACUGAGAUUCAGACACCAAGAACUGUUCGAGUCCUCUUCAAAGACCCAUGCAUUCGACUUGCAGUAGAAGUAUCAAAAGCCCUAAUGGAACUAGCACAAAGCAUAAGAAAUCGUCGCCAUUGCUCACCAGAAAUACUCUCUGAUCAUCUUCAUCAAGCCCUACAAGACCUCAACACUGCCCUAAAAUCUCAACCAAGACUCUUCCUUGGCCCCAAAAACAAACAUGCCACCGACAGCACCAACAUACUAGCCCUAACAGCCGCAACAGCAGCCCAACAAAAGGCCACUGGGGCUUCACUAUCAAGCGCAAAAACCGACAUAUCAGCUUUGAUGGAAUGGAAAAGCAAGAGGUCUUCUGAGCAGGCGAAGGAGAGUGAGCGAAAAGUGCUUAGACCGACAUUGAGCAAGAUUGCCAUCACUGGGCUUGAGUUCUCAGAAGCACUUCCUUUUGCUGCUUUUGCUUCUUUGCUUGUGGAGACAGUGGCAAGGCUUGAUCUUGUCAUUGAGGAAGUUGAAGAGUUGGGGAGGAUAGCUAGGUUUAAGGAGUUUAAAGAUGGUGAUGAUGAGGUUGUAGAGGUGAGGUGUGAGAGACCUAAAAUGGGGAAUUUAGAGAACCAUUUGCCUUCCCAUGGAGCAGAUUAAGAUAUGAGUCGUGAUGAGUGAGGUGUAGAGGUAUAAUUUUUGCAUUGACAGCUAUGGGGCUGGUUUCUUUAUGUAGUUAAAAAAAAUAAAAAUAAACUAAAUUAGAUGAUUCUUAAGAAUUAUAGUUAUUUAUUUAUUUUAAACUGGGAUUAUCUUCCCGUUGUUGAAAUUGGAAAA